AUGCAGACCAAGAUCUUCGCCGUGGCCGUGGCCGCCCUCUCCAUGGCUUCGGUCCAGGGAGCCAUCGCGCCGAGAGCCACCAUCGGCCCUACCGUCAUUGUCAUCCCCCAGAUCACCAUCAACCCGAACGAGCUGCUGCCCACGCAGGCAAUCUUCGCGACCCUCGACCUCCUCCGCGCCGACAUCGCCAAGACUACUGAGCUUGUCAACCAGCUCACCGUGUCCACCACCAACACCCUCUUCAGCAGAAUCUCCCAGGCUAGCGCUGUGCUUGCUCAAGCCACUGCCAACGUGGGCACCAUCGUGGCCAAGAUCACCGAGCUUGUCAAUAUCCUCAAGAACCCUCCCUCGACUACCCCUACUCUUCCCGGUACUCCUGGCACUCCUUCUGUUCCCGCUCUCCCUGAUAUUGGUGGUGUUGCCGAAGACCUUGUCCGCACGGCCCAGGCUCUUGCUCGAGCCAUCACCGCCCAGCUCCAAGUUCUUCAACAGCAGGCCAGCGGCUUCACCGGUCUCCUUCUGCUGCCCACCUACCUCGCCGCUCAGGCCGCCCUGGGGACCGUCCUCGCCACGGUGGGCACCAUCAGCAACCUUGCCCUCGGCACCGCGACCGCCGUCCUCCAGACCGCCAACGCGACCGCCGCAACCAUCGACUCCAUUCUCGCGCGUGUCCGCAACGCCCAGGUGAAGCUGAACCCCGUCCUGGUCAUCGGCCUCAACCCCGACAUCGUCUUCUAA